AUGGCACCUUUUGAUUUUCACACCACAUCCGACACCGCUAGCAAUGCCCUCAAAGCUGCCAUCGUCGGGAAGACAAUCGUCAUAACUGGUGUGAGCCCCAAUUCGCUGGGAGCUGACACUGCCCGGAGCAUCGUCGCUCAGAAACCCGCUCAACUGAUCCUGGCCAGCCAGACAGAGGCUAAGCUACAGGAAGUGAUCAAGUCUCUUGAAAUUCCAGAGGGAACCACCGUGCGUCCUCUCGUGCUCGACCUCGCUUCGUUGGAGUCAGUCCGUCGAGCCGCCAAAGAGGUCUUGGAUCGUGUCACCUCUAUCAACGCCUUGAUCUGCACCGCCGGAAUCAUGGCAGUUCCAUCAUACAGUCAAUCAAAGGACGGUAUUGAGCUUCAGUUUGCUGUCAACCACUUAGGCCACUUCUCCUUUGUCAAUCUCUUGAUAGAGAAGCUGAUCGCCGGCAACGCUACCGUCGUGACUUACAGUAGCGAGGCACACACACGCGCCAACCCAACCUUUCUGGACGACCUGACCUACGACAAUGGCAAGGAUUACGAAAAGUGGACCGCCUACAGCAACUCCAAACUCUGCAACAUUGCUCAUGCAGCCGGGUUAGCAAAGCGAUAUGGUCCACGAGGCCUUCGUGCUUUCAGUGUGGACCCUGGCAUCAUCGUCACCACGGCGUUAACUCGAAGUGUACCGCAAGAGGACUUCAUUGCCAUGGGAUGGGCCGAUGCGAACGGUAAUCUCAGCUCGGCCAUCAAAACGAAGACCUCUGCUGAGGGGUCGUCAACUGGCAUCAUCGCUGCAUUUGAUCGCUCUCUCUCCAAUGACAAUGGCGUCUUCCUAGCUGACGGCAACCUGACCGAAGAUGGCCUGCUCCCCACCGCUGUUGAACCUGGACUAGUGGACAAGUUGUGGAAGAUCAGUGAUGAGUUGGCCAACAAGAGCCUCUAG